AUGUCUGCACAAGAUCGUGUCCAGCAUUAUAUAUCCCAGCUCGACCGUGAGCUCUCCAAGUACCCUGCUCUUAGCAACCUCGAAAAGCAGUUUGGAGUUCCUAAGGUUUAUGCUGUUCUCGGCGUAGCCUCCCUCUACUUAUUCUUCAUCAUUUUCAACCUCGGCGGUCAACUCCUGACCAACUUCGCCGGCUUCGUGGUCCCCGGAUACUACUCUUUGGCAGCCCUAUUUAGUUCCACCAAGGCAGAUGACACUCAGUGGCUAACCUACUGGGUUGUCUUUGCCCUAUUCUCAGUUGUUGAGAGCGCCGUCAGCGUUGUCUACUGGUUUCCCUUCUACUAUACCUUCAAGUUUGUCUUCUUGCUUUGGCUUUCGCUGCCCAUGUUCAGCGGCGCCCAACUUAUCUUCCGAUCUUUCCUGCAGCCAAUGCUUGGACGACACUUUUCCGAGUCUGGCUCAACUGCUGCCAACUUGCGCGCCAAGGCCGACUCUUUUGGCAAGGACCAGUAA